AUGUCCGCUGCAAACUACGAUGGCGACACUGAAUACUCGGGCACUGGGGCCUCUGACUGUGCUGGGGACUCUGGUGCUGCACGCGGAGACUCUCUGGGUGAUUCUGAUCUGGCAACCCCGCCACUACCGGACUGGAUGGAGGAGUUUCUGCGGACUCUGGAUCAGACUCCCUCGCGCCGGAAUGCUAGUCUAGAGCGAAAUGGACCCCACAACACCUCUGGCAACCUCCUCCAUGCCUACUACAAGUUCGCGCUGCCCCCGCAACCCCCGCGCGACCGGUCCCCUGACCCCGAGACAGUGAUCUUGUCCAAGGGCAAGGGGGCAGAAGCAUACAGGGACUUCCGCAAGUUCGCGAAGACGGCCGCCAGGAGCUGUGUUCGGAUGAGCAGCCAAGGCAUCUCCAUUGACGAUGUUCAAGCGGAGUACACGUCUAUCUUGGAGUCGCUCGACGGGCUGCGCGACUUCAUGCGUACGCUGCCCUACAAGGACUGGGAGUUCCUGGGACCGUCGUAUAUGACCCGGCUUCCCGCGUUGUUUGCGGACGCGCCGACGGUGGCAGUGGAGGGGGAUAAGCACGAGAUGGAGAUGGAAGACGGGGACAUCACGUUAGUACAUGACAAUGAGCCGCCUCGCUUUCCGAGAGUCCCUCCCAUCUUUCCCCUGCGCGUCGUUACACUCCCCCCCGACUCCAAUGUGCGCGUCGUCCCGACAUCUGAUCCGCAUGAGAUUGAGUACCCGUUUAUGGUAGAGAUGUCGCUUGAAUGUCAGCUGGAGAUGGGCAUGUACCCCGACGUGUAA